AUGGCGGCCGAAGGGUGUAAUCAAAAUACGCGCAAACUGGACAGAAGGGGGGCACGAUUCAAUGUGUUUCCAAGCAUGGAAACGUCAAAAACAAGCCAGCCAGUCAUCUUCAACCCAGACUUCUUUGUCGAGAGGCUGAGACAUGAACAUCCGCAGGCCUUCACCGAUCUGGUCCUGUCACAUGUCACCCGACUCAUCGACCUCCCAGGAGAUGAGUUUGCACAGCUCACCGGGGACUGUGAGCCCAGGCUGCCUUCCUCCACUGGCCUCCUCCGCUCUUUCAACAUCCUCAAACGAAAAGAAAAAGGUGUAGUUUUUGGUGCACCCUUAACUGAAGAAGGGAUAGCGCAGAUCUAUCAGCUGAUUGAAUACUUGAGGAAAAACCUUCACAUUGAGGGGCUGUUUCGUGUGCCGGGCCACAGCCUCCGACAGGCCGCGCUGAGGGAGAUCCUGAAUGCCGGGGCAGAAAUAGAUCUCGAGAUGGGAGACUUCCACCCCAACGACGCCGCCUCGCUGCUGAAAGCCUACCUAGGAGAGUUGCCUGAGCCCCUGCUCAUGCAUAGACACUAUCACGCCCACCUAAAAAUUGGAGAGCUCACUGUCUUUGAUGGGAAAGGAGAUAAAACUAAUACUCCAGACAAGGAGCGCCAGAUAGAAGCCUUUCAGUUGCUUUUCAUGCUGCUGCCACCAGCCAACCGCAGCCUGUUGAAGCUCCUGUUGGACUUGCUCUAUCACACCGCGCGCAACCAGCACGUCAACAAGAUGUCCGCUAUCAAUCUAGCAACCAUGUUUGCACCACAAAUUAUCUGGCCCAAAAAUGUGAUGGCAAGUGAUCUUCAGGGAAACAUUGAGAAACUAAAUAAUGGCAUAGCAUUCCUCAUUCGACACUCUCAAAAGCUGUUCAAGGCCCCUGCAUAUAUCAAAGAAUAUGCACGUGUAUACUUUACUGGAUCCAAAACUCUCCAAUCAAAGGAUGACCUGACACUAUGCUCAGGGACCAAAGAGACCCCGGCUGUGCUCGAGCCCACAUCCAGUCUUUCUCCUUACACGAGAAAGAUCGGUGGCAACAGCUUGACAAAGUCAAUUGAUACUGAGACAUACACUGAAUCAGCUCUCAGAGAACUUUACCAGCAAGUUAACAACAUGCCCGAGUCUGCCAAGAAGAAGAAACUCAUCAGACAGUUUGAGAAGCAGCCUUUAAUGACGCCCUCAUCGGACCCCCGCUCGCCAUUCAGCAGCAAGCACUGGCGAUCCCGCUCUUUGGGUGGAAUUAUUAAGAGGAAAGUGUUGGGAGGCCAAAUAUUAACAGGGAAGGAAAAUGGCAAAGCACAGAGCCCAGCAGCCAGCUGCUCAAGUGACACCAGCAGUGGAGGGGCUGUAAUACAAGCGAGGAAACCUCCCAUCUAGCUGUGUUGCCUUUAAACCCUUUUUAAUUUGAAGAUUUAAAAUGUGUCAAAAGGGUGGUUGCCAGAUUAUAUUUCUGGGUAUUUUUUCAUGGAGGGGUGUAGAGUUUGCUACAUUCUAUUUACGUAUUCAGUCAACCAGCUAUUGCCAACCAUUUUCUUUAGAAAAUGGUUUUUAAAAAGAAAAAAAAAAAAAAAAGAAGUGAAGUGAAGAAUGCAUGGCAACUGGUGUUUUUAUUUAAUUCCAAAAAUAUUUAUUUUUUUGUUCAUUGUCAAGGAACCAUUUCAUAGAAAUAUUGACUUGGAAGACCAGGGAUGUGCCUUAAAAUUAAUUUCUUAAGUUACUCUUUUGUUGCAAUUCCUAUUUAACAAGAAGUUUAUGAAAUUUGUCUGGAACUUGUCUAAAGAAUGUAAUUUAGGAUAUGAUGUCCAAAGGUCAGUGUCUACAGAUUAUAUAUUUCUUUUGUCAGGAAUUUAUUGCUGUGAAACAUUUUUAUACUUUGAGGUGGGAGUUUUACUACUGAGCCUUGGUGGUGCUUUGGGCUUUUUAUAUUAAAUUUUACUUUUUUUCAGUCAGAUUUGCUUUUUCUGCCACUCUGUAGUUUUCAUCUGUAUGCCUUACAUACUUUUUACAACUGUGAAAGACUUUUCAGCAUUUUUUUGUAUUGCAUGUUGAGGGCAAAUUAAGUAGUUUACUUUGUUAGAUAAGUGCUUACUGUGAGGGAUUGAGCCACUGUUACGAAAACUGUUAUGAAAAGUUAUUUUGUCAGGUGUGGUUUCUUUCAGUUCCAUUGCCACUGUGCCAAGCUGUUACAAUACAAACAUCAUGUGGCAAAGUCAACUAAAUAGACUGUUUUGUUGACUGGUGAUAUUCAUGCUACUGUGAAACCCCACAAAGCACUUAUUAAAGACUUG